AUGCAAAGAGAUGGAACAGAUGCUGUUAAACCACCAUCUUUCAAACCUCAAGAUGAUCUGUCACAAUCUUUAAAUCGCUCACAAUCUAAAUCUCCGAGUGGUGGAACCAAUACAAAGUCAAAUAGAAGAAAUAGCCAAAGGGAAGUGACAUCUUCCCCUGAGCCUCGAAACAAGGCAGCUUCUCCCAGAAGAACACCACUGAGUGAAUUAAGUUCUGCAGGAACAAGUCAAAAAGUGGUUUCAGCUGGUAAAGCGAAAGAUUCUUCACCUUUGAAUGGGAUUCCAAUUCACAAAUGGAGAAGUCGUUCAACGACUCCAAAAUCAGCUAAACUUGACCGAACCAGUUCCGCAGAGAAACAAAAGAGAAAACACCAAUCUCUAGAAAGAUUUGAAUCUCCUCGGCUGUCUAAGAAAGAUAAUGUUCUAGAUUACCCUUCUCCAAAGAAAAUGGAAGCUUCUAAUGAUCCUGUUAAAACACCUAAAGCAAAAUCUGUCUCAGCUUCUCCUGCAACAACACCAGCUUCGACAAGGAAGAGCCGUUCUUCAACACCAGUUUCUAAAAGUUCAAGGCAAAGCAGUGUGAGUUCUGUCUCUCCUAAGAGCCCUGAAGAAGCAUCUGGGAAAAGCAAAAGUCGGGCAAACAGUCCCAAAAGUUUGGUUAAAAAUGGUGACUUGGAAUUAAGUGGCAAAAAUAAAAGUGAAGAAAUCCAUUCUGUUAAAGACUUAAAAAGGAAAUCUGCAACUUCAUGUGAUACGGAUGAUGCCAGUGAAGGCACUAAGAUGUCCAAAAUUCACCGGACACCUUCAAAGUCUCCAGUUAAAGAAACUGAAAGUAAGGUUUCUAAAAGGAAAAGCCUGAAUUUAACGGAAUCAAGUUCGCAGGUGACGAGUGAAACACCUGGUUCCGGGGAUAAGAGUAAGAGUCCCUCACCAAAAUCACCUGUUAAUACCACAGCAGCAGGCGGUCAGUCUGCCAGAUCAAGUCCAUCCAGUACGAAAUCUUCGCCUGCAACUAAAAGUCCAAGCGCUAGAAAGUCAGUUGGAAAUGUUCUUUCUUUGAAGAUGGUAUCAGUUGGCAACUCAGAUACUUCUAAAACUAAUCCAAACAGGAAGAGAAAAUCUCCACCGUCAUAUAAUACACCAAGUGCAAAAAGGAAAAGAGUUUCUUUUGGACCUCAGCUGAGUCCAGAAAAAGUUUUGGCCUCAGCCCCUAGUACUGGUCAUAUUAAUUCCCCGUCAACAAUUCUUGUUGGGAAACUGUUAAAGAGUACAAAAUCUCCAGCCGCAACUAAAAAACUGGCUUCACCUUUGAUUGAAAAAUUUGAUGAGAGUGAUUUGUACGAUUCCAUCCCAGACAGUCCAGCUGCACCUUCACAUAUGUUUGUCUCACCUUUGAAAUCUUCAGUAUCUGGGGAUUCACGGGCAAACUAUAAUCCCCUUUUAGAAAAAUUGGUUGGCAUUAAAGAAACGCUUAAAACUCUCAAACGCCGUAAGUCUGAAGAUCUGAGGGGAGUUAGGAAAUUAUUAAAAACUCCAGCCCGCCGAACAUCUGUUAAAUUUGUUGGCAUGAAGGAGAUGCUUAAAACUCCCAGGGGCCGUAAAUCUGAAGAUCUGAGAGGGGUUAGGAAACUGGUAAAAACUCCAGCCCGCCGAACAUCUGCUAAAUUGGUUGGCAUGAAGGAGAUGCUUAAAACUCCCAAAGGCCGUAAAUCUGAAGAUCUGAGAGGGGUUAGGGAAUUAUUAAAAACUCCAGCCCGCCGAACAUCUGCUAAAUUGGUUGGCAUUAAGGAAAUGCUUAAAACUCCCAAGGGCCGUAAAUCUGAAGAUUUGAGAGGAGUUAGGAAGUUGGUAAAAACUCCAGCCCGCCGAACAUCUGCUAUAUUAGAUGGUGUAAAAGAAAUGCUUAAAACUCCCACACAAAAAUCCCCCAAGACUUCCCAAAAGGGCAGUCCUGCUAAGAUGACUCCCAAGAAAACUAGCCCAGCUGCUAGGAUGACUCCUAAGAAAGCCAGCCCUGCUGUUAAGGUAACUCCUAAGUCCAGUCUUACAGCCAAAGUGAUCAAAAAGUCCACUCGUCUUGCCAAGGUGACUCCCAAGAAGGCCAGCCCUGCUGCUAAAGUGACUCCCAAGAAGGCCAGCCCUGCUGCUAAAGUGACUCCCAAGAAGGCCAAACCAGUAUUAGCAGAGACUCCAAAACAAGCAGAGGCUGAGAAGGAAAUCCCUGAAGUUGCCAGUGGUUCAAAUCGUGCUGAUUCUCCAGUAAAAGCAUUAAGACAAACUAGAGCCAACAAGAAGUUUACAUCCAUUACCAAAGGAAAAACUUCUUCAAAAGAGAAAGAAAAACCAACGCCUUUGAAAGUAAUUCAAGAAAAAACAAUCAACCUGGAUAACAGUGAAGAAUGUAGUCCUGUUGCUGUGAGAUCACGAAAGACAAGAUCGACUAAAACUACAUCAGAUAAAGUUUCAAUAGAAGACAGUGAUUUACCAAAAGUUACAAGGACGACUACAGUUGAUACUACAAAGAAAAGAGCUAGCAAAAGAGGUGCUUCCAAAUCAAAUGUUGCAGAGGACAAUCUAGAAACCCCUAGCAAGAAAAGACUUGUGGCUUCACCAUCACCAAAACCAGUUAAGAAAGCAUUGGAGAAGAUAUCUGAAAAUGUUGACACCAUUUCGGAAGAGUCACCAAAACUAAGAACUACAAGAAAAAGAGCUGCUACUGAUAAUCCUACUGUUUCUCCUAAAGUUACCAGAACUCAGAAAACCAGACAGACUAAAGUUGUUCAGAAGACGACAUCUAAGAACACAAAAGAAACUGCUCCUGCCGAGGUACAAGAAAAAGCAGCUGAGAAUCAAAAUGAUUUAGAAGAACUUGAAACCAAGGCAAAGGAAAAUAAGAAACCAACCAGGCAGAGUCGACAAGUCAGUAAGAAAACUAAAGAAGAAGUAAACAAGAGUCAAGUGUUGACACGAGUUCGUGGGACAGCCGAAAAGGAAUCUGUCUCUCCUGUUAAAACUCGGACCACACGAAGAGCAACUGUUAAGAGUCCUGUGAAAAAAGGAGCCGAGUCUAAAAAAGUAAAGACUCCAGUGAAGAAAGUAAAGACUCCAGUGAAGAAAGUAAAGACUCCAGUGAAAAAAGCAAAGACUCCAGUCAAGAAAGUAAAGACUCCAGUCAAGAAAGUAAAGACUCCAGUGAAGAGAGUAAAGACUUCGGUCAAGAAAGUAAAGACUCCGGUCAAGAAAGUAAAGACUCCGGUCAAGAAAGUAAAGACUCCAGUAAAGAGAGUAACGAGAUCUCGACGUUAGCGGGUGUAUGUAAAUAAGUUGUUUUUAUGUAAAGAAAAGGGCAUUUCUGAAUAUAUUAUUCCAUUUAUCAUUCCAUGAUUGUGUACAUAGCAUCAGAUGAAAUUACAUAAAUGAUUAAUUACAUUUAAUAGGAUGGGGAAAUUUUAUAUUCCAUAGGAUCAAGUUUAUCAUCAUCAUGUAUAAUAAUUGAAAGAUAUAAUUUGCGGCCAUCAUCACAAUGCUUAUUAAGUUAGUAAUUAGAUUCUAAUUGUAGCAUUCAGAUUUGUUUCUUCAGAAAAUGACUGAAGAUAUUUCAUUUUUUUUUUUUUUUUAAAUAUAUCUAUGAAAUUUAAUUUUCAAAUCUCAUAUUUAUUUUCAUCAUUUUUAUUGCCUUGUUCAAGCCUCAAACCAGGAGUGCAAAUUUGAAAACAUAUUUAAUGACUUCCACUGAUCUUCGCUCCAUGUCUUCAUGUGAAGCAACAUGUAUUUGAGAUUUUUUUCUUGUUGAAUGAUGUAAUGUGUAUAUGUUUGCAAAAUGCAUGAAUGUUGAGUGUAAAUGUGUCAUGAAAGGAUAUACACUCUUUAUUGGGUGAGUGUGUAUGUAUGUGUGGAUAUCAAGUAUAAAUAAGUUUUCUUGUGACGUGCAUGUAUAAGUGUCUAUUUGUGCUAUUUGAAAGAAUAUACACUUGUGUUUAUGUAUGUGUAACAUGAAUAUAUACCUCUUCUUGUGUGAAUGUGUAUAUGUACAUGAAGUGUAAAUGUGUUAUAUGAAAGAAUAUACACCUUGUGUGAGUAUAUAUGUAUGUAUAUCAAUUAUACACGUGUCAUACGAUUCUUUUACAAUGUCUUUUUCAUGGCAAACAAACAGAAAUCUAUUUUUAUUUCUUACAUUUCCAAUAACCACAUGUUAUAUUUACAUGUCACACUAUCACAUUCAGCUCCUGGAAUGAGUAACUUUUAACCACAGUUGUCUUUAAAAACGGUUCAGGUUUGACGCACUAAAAAAAAAAACAAUGCGUCUUUAAAAAAAAAAAAAAAAAAAAGCUUUUUUUUUUUUCUCCAUUUCUGUCCAAUGUUUUUCUUGUUUGGUUCUCUUUACAUUUUCCUCAUUGGCUCAUCACUCAUCUAGAAAUGGCAUUCUUUUAUAAUUUCAUCCACCGAGGCACAAUGAUUGAGUCUACUGCUACAAUAAAACAAAAGAAAAUAUAUAAUAAAAAAAAACUCUGAUUCUUGUUUUUCGUUCGUUAGUUAAUUUGUCAGUCCUGUUGUUUAAUCAAUAACAAAACUGAUCUUAUA